AUUUUGCGAAAGCUGCCUUAAGGAGUGCUUGCGGCCUCAGAAACCUGUGUGUGCAGUCUGCAGGUCUGACCUACACAAGUGGAAAAAAGCAGAUGAUAUACAAAAUGUGAUGAAAAGAUCAAUCGGAAAGUGCAAAGGCUGUAAAAAUGAGGUGUGUGGGACAUCGACUUAUGACUGCUUUUGUGCUCCAGGGUCACAUUUAGUCAAAAGUGUCCCUAAUUUUAUGUUUGAUUUUCAUCUUGACUUAUGCACACUGGUUUCUUGUUCCUCCUGUUUCUUUAGUUCCGUGCCGAACCGUUACACGUUCACCUGUCCCUUCUGUAGCAAACAGAACUUGGACCAGGAUGGUCUGGUGGAGCACUGCACCUCAAAACACGCACAUGACCCGCGUCCAGUGGUGAGGCUCAUGGAUGGAGCUCAUUUACAAUGCUCUGAAUUGUAUUUAUGUUUGUACAGUAUAUAUUCAGUAUAUCCGUAUGAAAAGGGUUACAAGGCCAUUUCUGAGCUUCUUGGACUCUGUAGAGUUAGAGAUUACCUUGGAGAUAACAAGGAGAUGAG